AUGCCUGGAUUCAUUAUGCUGGUGGAGACCUGCGGAACGGAAGGAGGCAGUAUUUUGCAAGUGAGAGGUUCCUGUGACUUGGAUGAGGAGACUCAGAAAGUUACUACUGUUGUUCUAGCAGGUUAUGAUGGAGAAGACUUUCUUGCUCUGGAUUUUGAGAAACUGGCAUGGAUCGCUCUGCAACCACGAGCCAUCCCAGUUAAAUUGUUGUGGAACAUUGAUAAAGUUGGAAUACUGUUAGCUAAACAGCUUGCUACCCAUGAUUGCCCUGCAUUUCUUAAGGAAUUAUUGGACAAAGGGAAGAGCAUUCUGCUAAGAACAGAGAACCCCUCAUUGUCUCUGCUGCAGAAGUCUCCUUCCUCUCCUGUCAGCUGCCACGCUACAGGUUUCUAUCCCAGCAGAGCCCUGAUGUUCUGGAGGAAGGAUGGGGAAGAGAUUCAUGAGAAUGUGGAUCUUGGAGAAAUCCUUCCAAACAAUGAUGACACCUUCCAGAUGAGGAUUUACCUGGACAUUUCCUCAAUCAGUCCUGAAGACUGGAGGAGGUACGACUGUGUGUUUCAGCUUAUUGAUAACGAGGAAAAAAUCAUCAAUCUGGAUAUAGCAAAUAUAGGAGCCGACAGAGAGAGGCAGAUCCUGGUCACUUCUGUUGAGCACCACAUCCAUUGCUGCCGGUGGUUCUGGUCGAGAACCAUGCAGGCUCUGCACCAGACAACCAAGCGUAACCACUGGUUCACUGACCAGAAGCGAACUCCUGCUCCCCGUUACCUCACCGCCGAGCCCCCUCCUCCCACCCAGGACCACCAGAGGUGCCCAGUCCUCCCGGUCCGACCAAUCGUGGACUCCCGACGACAGGGUAGAGGCUGGCAGUACCUCCUCGACUGGGAGGGCCGCGGUCUUGGGUCUCAGGUUCUGUGA